CGGUUAUUUCUACAUAAUCGGAGGAGCGCUCACUAGUUUGCCUCAAGAUCCGUAAUUACACACUCGUGCACCAUGUUUAUAUUGAUUCAACUAGUCGACGUAUAAAUAUUAUUUAAAAAGUCUCCUGUGACUGUGAAUUAUUAUUCAAAUUAGCAAAUUCUUGUGUAUAAUAGUUAGCUUUAGACAGUGACAUUAAGUUCAUAAUGCAAUACAUAAUUAGUGUUUUUAUCGGAUGCCUGUUGGCCGCUGCAACCGCACAAAAUAAUGACACAAAAACCUCGAUUGGCUUUCCUGAGGUAGACGAAGAUAUAUAUUCAAAGAACAAAGAUAAUCGACAACCUGUGUAUAUGCCCUCCACUUGUGCAGUCAAUGAACUAUACUACCCAGGCGAUCAAAAAGACGACUGGAUUUGUGAUUGUAGACCAGCAUACAUAUACCACCCACCGACAGAUCAAUGCUGGGGUGCUUUUCAACGCGGUCCAUGCGCGCUUGGGGAGUACCUGAUCCUGCCGAAAGACUCAGUCGUUCCGGUGUGCUCGAAGAACCCAUGUAACGUGGACCAAUACGUCUACUGGGGCAACCAAUGCGAGCGUCUGGGCUCCAUAAACGCAUGCACCCACCUGUACCCGAUCAUGGCAGCAGUGGGUGUGAACGCUACCACAUUAGAAGUCAACUGCGUCAUAUUAAAUGUGGAAUCGAGAUUCGGCGAGGAUCGACCAGUGCCGGUGCAGAAAGCGUGCAAUCCAGGAUCUAAAUUGAGAGUCACUGGCAAAUGUGAUAAAUAAAUUUUAUUAAUUAGCUGGA